AUUCCCCACGAUGGCAUCCACGUCGAAAGCGAAACUGGUGGUCUUUGCCCUGGACAUACUGUGCACGUUGCUGGCCCUAGUGUUGAUAUCCUUUGGUUUCUAUGUACUAGUGUCCUAUAAUCUGAAUCAAAUCGGUUCUCUGGCGCCCUAUGGAUACGUGGGUCUGGGAGUAGCUGCCCUGGUGGUGGUCCUCUGGGGAUACCUUUCCGCCUGGCGCGAGAAUGUGUGCUGCACAGUCACGUUCAUUGUGUUCCUAUGCCUCGUCAUCAUUGCCCAGUUCGCCGUGGUCUACUUGCUGUUCACCCAGAAUGAGUCGGUGGCCGCCAACCUAGCCAGCGCUCUGGACCAAACCUGGGUGGAGGAGCUAAACAGUCCAGGUGCCAUGUCGCUCUACCAGAAUUGGUUCCAGUGCUGUGGUCGAGGCAGUCCCCAGGAUUAUAUUGUGAACGAACGCCUACCCCCAGUGACCUGUUUCCGUGACCAUGAUAAGAGCAAGCCCGAGAACCUAAUCCAUACCGGCUACCUGACCAAGAUUUUCAAUAUUAUUGGUUUUGUGCUGAUCGGUCUUGAGCUCAUGCUGUCCAUUGCCUCUUGUCGCCUGUGCAACAGCUUACGCAACGAUGCUCGGCGAUCUUACUUCUAAAGAAACCCUUUAGGGGAUCCUUCUC